UUCAGCUCAGUCAGUCUGUCUUUUGAAUCUAAUAGGAUAGACUUAUUCCCAGUCCAUAUCCAUACAACUGAUGCAUUCUGGGUUUGGCUUUUUUGUGUGUGUGGUUGUGGUUGACUUAUUUUUUUAAUGCUCUGGAUUACUAGAAGCAGCAGGUGUAUCCUACUGGUAUUUUCACAUUUCCAUGAGGGUUGAAAUUGAACACAUCCAGGAUAGCUUGGUCCAGGUGCUGGCUCCUUUGUAUAGCUCUUAUCAUUUUCCUUUUCUCCCUAUCAUUUGUAUUCCUCCCCCUCUGCUCCUCCUUUUCCUGCUCCUCUUUGCCUCCCCUCCCUGUGCUUCCCUGGCGGCAUUGCCGGCUCUGCACAGGCCCAGUUUCUCUAAUCAGAUGAAGCUGCAGGAUUAUCUCUCUCCCUCCCUCCCUCCCUCCUAGGCUCCAUUUUAUUUCCUCUCCAGCCAAGGGGGGAGGCAGGAAGGGGCGUCACCUCUAGGCAGAGGAAACCCCAUCUCCCAGUCUCCUGCCUUUGAUGCUCUCUAACAAUCCCCCCUCCUUCUCCUUAAAUGCUUACCUUAGUGUCAGCAGCAUCAGGCAGAUCAAGGAGCCCAGUUUCUAAAGGAAAUCUGAACUCUUUUGGCUUUCGUUCUCCUUACAUUUCUGAGCACCAUUUUUAAAUCCCCUCCAAGUAACUUGAACAGGGAAGCUGGAUGCGCAAUCUCUGAGUAGCGGGAAGAUUCCUCUUUUUUGCCAUGUCAGCUGACAGCCACCAGCUCCACACUCAUUCCCACAAGGACACACUGAGUCCUACUUGUCAUGGUCUCUUGAAUGUCAACAGUCACCCCCUGUCAAAGAGCUCCUCGAGUCUGAUCUGUGCUGGGCAGUCAAGUUUAGAGGAAAGGCAAAGCAACAAACAGGAGCUUAGGAAAAGCCAUAGUAGCACUGUCUGCCAAACCCUGGGAAACGAGAGCGAUGCCAGGAGUGUGCCAAGUCCGAGAUGGUCCUUUUCACAGUCUGGGUUGAUGGUACCAGAUGGAUCAGUAGUCCAAACCAUGAGCAAUCUGUCACCUGAUAACAAUUCACAGAGCAGAACUAAGACUGCAAACCAUUUUGUUAUCGUUGAACAGUCCCCAGCAUCUUGGGCAGUGGGUGACACUAAGAUGUGUGUGAAGAGCAGCACUGUUGAGAAUAUUUCUUCAGCCUGCAUUGUACACCAGCAUAGCACAUGCCAAAUGGAAGAACCAGGAGCUGCUCUUCAGAGAAGCCACUCAGACCUAACUUGCAGUUGCAAACAGCAGAAUUGCAUUGCUCACAUAGAAACCAGUGCUACUCGCUCCAGCCUAAGUUCUUCUAGCAGCAGGCAUGGUCCAUCAGUGGCGAGGAUGUCUUUCCAGUCAGAGAGAGAUGCGUCCGAAACAAAUGAAAAUACAUCUCCCUAUCAAAACCUUGGGACUCAUCUUCCAGCAAUACCUACAGACCAAAAAGUACCCACAAAUAGCUUUGACAGCGGUGGUAUUCCACGUAACACAACUGUUUACACAGAUCCCGGAACAUUUCACAGCGCUGUUCUUGGACUCCACAUGCCUGGCAAUGGUUUCUCAAGCAGAACCAUGUUCAGUCAAGCCACUGGGAUUAUUCAUGGUGGUCUGACUUAUGGUAAUAUUCCAAACUCUGCAUACUCACCUAUGGUGAUGCCAGUUCAUAACAACUCUGCAGUGCCCUGUAAUAUAAGGCAGGAUUCCUGUCUGAAAGUAGAUGCUACCGUCCCUGCCUAUUGCCAUUCUUUGCCCAUACCAUCUAUACAACUUGUUCCGCGGUUGGUAUGCUCGGUUAGUGAGUCAGGAAAAGAGCAGGCAGCACCUGGCUAUUUUCAUUCCUUUUCUACUUCAGACAUUCUGACGUACCCUAAGCUUGUGUCUUCAGUAAGUGAAUCAGGCCUGGAUGCCAAGAGAGUCCUAAAGUGCUGUAGCAUUCCUGGAGAACAACUGCAGCAUGCUCAGCAGGAGAGAGCUCCUCCAGAAGCACAGGCUGCCUGUGUGGCCUUUAGCAACCAGCAAGGUACAGACAUGGUAAUGAAGACCAAGGAUAUGUGGACUAUGACCUCUGUAAAUGACUUAACCAAAGGACUGAAAGCAGCUCUUGAGCGUAGAGAUGCCGAGGUACAAACUCUUCCCACCAUGGAAUGCAAAUCUGUGGCAACAAGCCCAGCAGCUGCAGCAGAAGGCCACCCACACGUGUUCCCAGAGGUGAACCUGGAGCAGCAAGACUUGGAGGCCCCCAAAUCUCCAGUACGUGAAGUGAGAUGGGAUGAUGAAGGAAUGACGUGGGAAGUGUAUGGGGCAUCUGUGGAUCCAGAGGUCCUUGGUCUAGCCAUUCAAAAACAUCUUGAGAUUCAAAUAGAACAAUUCCAGACAGAGCCCCUUCAGCUGGCUGGGAAAAGAAAGGAGGAUUCUUUCAAUAAGGAGACAUCUUCUGAUAAAAUGGGGAAGAAAAGACCAUUCAGAACAAUGAUGCAUUCCCUGAGAUACCCAAGUUGUUGCACUCGUUCCAGUACUGCAGUGGAGUGAGCAUAGCUGUAGGACAGCCGUGCUUUUUUUAAAAUUGUAAACAAUGCUGGCUCUUAAGUGUUAACACAAGUACAUGUGAACGAUCCACUUUGGUGUAAGUGGGAAAAGUUCCGUGGCCGUCAGAUACACAGCAAAGCAAGGAAAAACUCACGGUUGGGCAAUACAACAGAGGACAUAGGGUUGUCUCCCCGUCAUGUCAUCUGACUGCUUUGACUGUAUUUAAUAUAGCCCUUAUUCUUCUAUGUUGGUUUUACGUAAUAUUGUAAGGAAUAAGACCUUUUCUAAAUGAUGCAUCUUUUUAAAAUGUUGAUUUUUUUCUGUAUUUUAAUAAUUUAGGGUUGGGAAACAGAAAAUGAUGCUUUAAUCAAAAUUCUUAGCUUUCCAUCCUGCUCGUUAAGUUUUGGUAGCUACUCUGCUGUUAAUUUAUGCUAAUGCUGACUAUAAACCCACUUGAGCUGUAGACAAAAUGAAGAAGUAGUGAAUGCUGUAUUAUAAGUAACUGUAACUUUUGCUACACGGUUCUGUGAUGUGACUUUGUUAUUACUAGCCUGAACUCAUCCCUUUGCAAACUGAUGUGUAGCUGGAGGAUGCUCCUGCAACUUUCAAAAUAGGUUGUAGUUAUGAUGAAUUACACCCUCAAUACACAGAACUGAUGUUUACCAUCUGAUGCAAAUGUAAAGUAUUACCAAAGAUGACUCGCGUAAUGUGAAUUAUUUAUUGAAUGCUUAUCUCUUGAAGACAUGAAACAAAAGCUGUUCAUAAUAGUCUGUCACACUAUCAUACCCUACAACUCAAAAGCAGUUUUGUUUUUCUUAUAUUAAAAGUAAUUUCCAGAGAGUUCUUGUGUGUCUAUCCUGAAUAGUGGUUACUUUGUUGUGGCAUAAGCCACACAGAGGACCGUUUGCAUGUAAUGUUCACCUGUCCUGUGUUCCGUAUCUGAUCUGAUGUCAAGUGUCUGCUGAACAUGAGAUUUUUGUUUUCACCAAAGUACGGCUCAAAAUAAGAUUUGUUCUGAGUGCCGUAGUUAUACAGGCAGGUUAAGGAUCUCUCUUCUCUCCAAAACAAUUUUGUAACGCAAACAAAAAAUUCCCAUUGAGAAACCUUUUAUUAUACUGUAAUACAGAUGUAGUGCAGAGCCUGUUUGAAGUGAAAGAAUUGUCAAGAAACCUGUUGGUAACAAAAAUAGUGUUUGUAUCUGUGGAUUUCCUAUGAUUUUGGAAAGGUUUAAAAUACAAGACAUUAGUGCACAUUUGGAAAAAACCCUACUCAUCUGAAUGUUAACUACAUGGGUAAAAUAAGUUGGUUUAUUUGUAUGGUGGAUGCCUGUUUAAAAAAAAAGAUUCAUUGCAUUUGGGUUCAUUUUUUUAAAUUUAAAUACAACCAGGUUGUACAUUACAUAUUCUUCAUGUUAGAUCUCUGUUCAAGUGUUAACUCUUGUAAAUGUGAGAACUACCUCUGUUUUUGAAUGCUUUCUAACUUAGGAAAAUCAAAAUCCGUUUAAUUCUACUUAUAUAUAAAGUAGAAGGAAGACAUGUUCUAGAUUUAUAGUUGAGUGGAUCAAUGCUAAAUCUAGAUGCUUGUCAAGCAAGGGUGAAAUCAGAGUGUAUACUUGUCUUGAGCCCAUUUGAAAAACAGUUAAAUUGGGGCUGCAUUUGGUACAAAUCCUCAGUUUCCAGAACUGGCAACUUUAACACUUUUGCUAUGGUGCUCUUUCCUUUGAAACAUAGGAACAGCCACCUGCAAAUGAAAUAUUCCAAAUACGGUAAGUCAUCCGUGCACGGUAACUAAUGUCUCUAGAAGGACUGAACUGCAAAUGCUGCUUGAUGGCUAUGGGACUGAUAAUGGGCUGAGAUGCUUAGGUCAGUGGUUCAGUACAAAUAGCGAAGGGAACUGAUAAUAUCAGUAUGCUGAUGAAAUAGCUCUGAAGAAGUUAUAAUAAUUAAUUUCACUCAAUUAUUGUCUUAUAGUAAUAAAGGAGAUGUGUCACCAUAUUUACUGUUACUGUUCCCAGAGGAGAGGCCAAAACCUGUCAGACAUUUGCUGCUGGCUGAGUUCACUAUCAUUGCACACGUGUAAUUUGAGAUCAUCUUUGGCUAUAGGGUUAAUAGCUAAAGUAGAGACUGUUUUUCUUAAUGCUUUAAAUAAAAACUUUCCAUAGUUAAUUCAUUCAAAUAAAAAAAAAAGAAAUAAAACUACCCUGAAGAAAA